AUGCCCGAGAAGGAUCUGGAAUCCGCGCGCGAGGCAGCCCUUCCGGUCCUGACGCUGCAAAGCCAACUGCUGGAUCGCGCAUCCAUGCUGGUGAUGAAGGCAGUUCUGCCAACGUCACUGCACUUGGACACACUGCGCCUUUGCGGCUGCAGCCUGGACAUCGAGUUGCUGCAGCUGCUGCGCGAAUCUUUCACUUCAGACACCACGGUGAGAAACUUGCAGGUGGAGUGGAAUCGCGUUGAAUUAGCCCUUGAUGACAAGAUCCGAGAGUCUCUGAGUGAGGUACACCACUGGACUGAAAUUGACGAGGCUGAGAAGAGCUUGUUUAUUUCACGGGCGCAGCGGUCCCUGAUGAUGUUCAGAGAGGAGCUGGAGUUCCGACAAGGCGGCGACUUGAAGUCUGCCGUCCAGAGGCUAGCCGAACAUGCCGUCAAAGGCCAUCCUGUAACGUCGACACUUUGGCCCAUGGACAUCAAUUCGUGGGUGUCUGCCUUCUACGACGUUUUCCACAUGGAUGUGCUAGACUGCGAGCCGAUAUUCAACAUUCUGGACUCUGACUACGGUGACGGCGAUGGUUUUGUUCCGUUGACCAGACUGCUGGAAGUCUUGGAAGGGCUUCCUGCUGAGCUACCGGCAAAUGAAGAAAGGCUUCUGCCUCCAGCCCAGCACCCGGAGUUCCAGGACGAGAUUGGCUCAGCUUUUGCGGCAUUUCUGGAUCGCACGAGCCCAUUGGAGGUUAUUUCCUUCAGGUGUUGCAACCUCGCCCGCCUGGAGAUUCAGGCUAUAAGCUCUUGCUUGGCAAGUCCGUCACCACAUCUACGCGCGCUGAACCUUUGGGGCAAUAAAAUCUGCGAUCGUGGUGCCCAGGCUUUGGCCUUGGCAUUGGAGUUCAACUUCGGGCUGCAAUUUCUGGGGCUUGGGCGCAACUUCGUCACUCAGGAAGGCCUUCGAGCCCUUUGCUCCGUGCUUGGAACACGGACGCUGGAGGACAAGGCCUCUGCCGAGAAGGUCAUCAAGCACCUGAAGGACCAGCAGAAGGACAUAGAAAAGAAGCGGAAAGCUUUCGGGGCUCCGCCAAAGGAUGGCAACGGGCGAGAGCGCUACUGGCCGGAGCCACACCUGGACACAUGCGAGGAGCUCAAGGACGACUCAGGCACACCUUACUGGACUUGGACUCGGAACACGACAAUCAAGACGUUGAACGUCGAGCAGAACCCAAUAGCUGAUGCGGAUGUGAUCGAGCAACUGCAGCCGUUUGGUACUGGUGCUUUGAUACUCCGUUCAACUCCUUGUGCGCCGAGGCUUCUCGAUCGGCAGCAGCAGAAGGCCAAAGAGCAGGAGCAGCUGCAAAAAGAGAUGGCAGGGGAAGAUGAAGCUGAAGGAGUGGAUGAGAGCAGCAAAGGCAGCAAAGGAUGGAAGUUAAUCUUAACUUGA